AUGAUCGUCAAGGCUGCGGCAGUCCAGGCGUCCCCCGUGCAAUUUGACCUCCCCAAGUCGAUCGACAAGGUCGCCCGCCUCGUCGCCGAAGCGGCUGGUAAUGGUGCACAACUGAUCGUACUGCCCGAGGCCUUCCUCAGCGCCUAUCCCCGUCACUUUACCUUUUCGGUCGGGUACCGUACCGAGUCCAACCGCGAGUGGUACAAGAAAUACGUCGAGUCGGCCGUCAAGGUGCCCGAGGACGCACUCACCCAUGACUGGGCCGCCACUGCGCCCGAACAGGCGGUAGGCGAUGACUUUUGGGCGUUUGCCCGCCUUUGCGCAAUCGCAAAGGAACACAACGUCUAUCUCAGCGUGGGGAUUAUCGAGCGUAGUCUCAUCGGCAGCACUGUGUGGUGCUGUAACCUCGUCUUUGGACCGGAUGGUCGCCUGUUAAGCAAACACCGCAAACUCAAGCCGACCGGAGCCGAGCGCAUGAUCUGGCACGAGGGCGAGGACCUCAAUCCGGCCCGCGACGCCGACGGCGCCGUGGUUCAAGGAACAGACAACAUGCCAGUCGUAUCGACGCAAAUUGGUCGUAUUGGCUCGAUGAUCUGUUGGGAGAAUUAUAUGCCUCUCGCCCGGUAUGUGUUGUACAAGAAGGGGGUCGAGUUGUAUCUCGCCCCGACAGCCGAUGGGCGCACGACUUGGUUGCCGUCCAUGCAACAUGUCGCACAGGAGGGCCGGUGCUUCGUCAUCACCGCAAACCAGUAUCAGGAAGCAAGUGAUUUCCCAGCCGAUUAUCCCGCCCCGCCGAAUGCAGACAAGGUGUGGUGUGGUGGUGGAAGCGCGAUUGUCGACCCGCUCGGUAACGUCCUUGCCGGACCAUUAUGGGGCGAGGAGGGCAUCGUGUAUGCCGACCUGGAUAUGGGCAGCAUCCACGCGACAAAGGUCGACUUUGACCCGGUUGGACACUACUCGCGCGAGCCGCUGCUCAAGAAGAUGCUGCAGGAGAUGUGGUAG